AUCUCUAUUGAAAAUGCUCUGAGCUAUGAAUAAUUUUUCGAUUUGGUAGCACCAACUCAGCAUCCCUUCCAUACAAGAACAAGAACCAUAUUAUAAAAAUUAAAAUUGCAUUGGGAAAACAGUGGGAACAAGUAAGAUCUGAAUUGAGGAAGCAAAACAUUAAAUUUUUUUAUUAAAAAAAAUGAAGGAAGACAUAAGGCAAGAGGUAUCAAAGAUGAGAAAGAUGCUGAAGCCAAGCAUGCAGAAGAAGACAGAAGUUGCAGCAAGACAAAACCAGCAUCUUCGUAGUUGCCGUUAUUCCCUCCUACCAAAACAAUGCUUUUUAUGUUUCUUAAGCUUUUCACGUCUUCAUUAGACCCUCCUUAAUCUUCCACAUUUUAACCUAUUAAACCAUUAAAAGCCAAACAUAUCAAAUGAACCCCAUCAUUAAUGGAAUAUUGAACUUUCCAAUUCUCUCACUCACUCAAAUCAUUUUUUUUUCUUUAUAUUAUUUUCUUACCAUACAUUCACUUGGUUUAGUGGGCCACCUAUAACACAAGCCUAAAACUCUUGUUAUAUUAAGAUAAUCAAAAGAAAAAGGCAUGGAGAAAGAGAGGAAACUCCAUUUGAAUCCUUAUUUAAUCCUUAAUCACUUUUCUUUGUAGAGACGGAGAUUAAACCUUUUAGCAGCCUGAUUAGUUUAAUCUUUCCAAGCUCACACAUAAACAAUGUGUUCAACAUUUUCUGUAGCAGCAAAGCCAUGCAUCAGAGAAGGAAGUGGUAAAUUGGUGUGUCAAAAGUACUACUCUAAUAAGAUUACAAGCACAAGAGCUGAAGUGAGCAUAGCUCCCAAGCAAAGCAGCCGUCUUGUGUUUCCAGAAUUAUCGAAACAGGGCGUACCGCUUACUUAUUUUAACAUACAAGAAACUGUGAAAAGGCAGUCUCUAAUCCAUAACCCUUUGAUGAGGGAAGAUGUUUGUAGAAAGCCACGGUUUCAUCCUAGCUUUCUUGAACAAGCAUAUGAAAGGUGCAGGAAAAUUUGUGCAGAAUAUGCCAAGACCUUUUAUCUAGGUACGUUAUUGAUGACGGAAGAAAGACAAAAAGCAAUAUGGGCAAUUUAUGUUUGGUGUAGAAGGACAGACGAACUGGUUGAUGGGCCAAAUGCGGUCCACAUGAGCUACGAAGUUCUUGAGAGAUGGGAAGAGAGGCUUCAUGACAUAUUUGAUGGACGUCCCUAUGACAUGCUUGAUGCUGCACUCACAGAUACUGUUUUCAACUUCCCUCUAGAUAUUAAGCCUUUCAGGGACAUGAUAGAGGGGAUGAGAAUGGACAUUAAAAAAAGUCGGUAUGAGAAUUUUAAAGAGCUUUAUCUUUACUGCUAUUACGUGGCAGGAACCGUAGGCCUAAUGAGUGUUCCCGUAAUGGGGAUUUCACCACAAUCUCUCAUUCCCACCCAAAGUGUUUAUGAUGCUGCACUCUACUUGGGAAUUGGAAACCAACUCACUAACAUUCUUAGAGAUGUGGGAGAGGAUGCCAUAAGAGGCAGAGUUUAUCUUCCCCAAGAUGAGCUCCAACAGUUUGGGCUCUGCGACAAGGAUGUUUUCUCAAGAAAAGUCAGUGAUAGAUGGAGAGAAUUCAUGAGAGAGCAGAUAACAAGAGCAAGAUUCUAUUUCGACCUUGCAGAAGAAGGAGCUUCCCAGCUUGACAAAGACAGCCGUUGGCCGGUAUGGUCGGCGAUGAUGUUAUAUCGUAAAAUAUUGGAUGCGAUUGAGGAUAACGACUAUGACAACUUGACAAAGCGAGCAUACGUUCCAAGAAGUAAGAAACUUCUCACGCUGCCUUCAGCUUACUCCAGAUCUCUAUCACCCGCAUCUGCUUCUACUGCGCGCUUUUAAUAACAACCACAGUUUACUUCCAUUCCUCAUACCACCCACCAAACUUACGGUGACAUAUAAAUAUAUAUAUAUAUAUAUAUUUAUGUAUAUGCGUACAUAUAUCAUAUAUAUAUAUAUAUAUAUGAUCUCCUCUGUAAAGAGUGUACACAGACAGUGUUUAUUGAAUGAAAUUUCUACCACUUUCUUGAGUAAUUCCUUGCAAUCCAAGUCACUUCACUUCUAGUUCUGGUAAAAAUGUAUACAAGAAACACACCACAAACUUAACGAGGAAACAAUUUAAGCCCCACAAA